CUUGCUUUACCAAGUACCGUACACGUUCCUCUAUCCAUUCACUUCUUGCGUCAGCAUUCCUCUGUGGGAUCACCGAACCCUACCGAGCCCUGGAGCUUCUUCCAAUGACCGUGAUUGCGCCCGAGAACACACAGCGCGUACAUCAAUCUGUUCAGCGCAAGGCCGUCUUUUCCCGAGACGAUGGCACUCCGUGCUCCGUGCGCCCAACUCCUAGGUACUGCUCUCGGCUCCGAUGGAACUGGUGGUCUCGAGCCCCCGGUGUCUUUGGAGGCUCGUGGUGCUCAUCCGAUCUUCACUGGGGCUUCUGGGAAGCCUCGACACGAUACGCGUUGGAUUCCAGCCCUGGCAUCCGAAUGGGUAUGUCGUUCUAUCGAACAGGCAGGGAACACGACGUGCAUACUAUCUAUCACAUUUCGCUCCUUCCCCUUUCGAAACGGACCGCCGCGUUCCGCUGGAUUGAUGAGACGAUAACCUAGGUCGCACAAGCGGCCCCACAUAUCACUCUUCUCAAUCAAAUGGGAGUAUCUGCGUAUAAAUGGGCUCGUCGCAUCGCCCCUUCUCGGAGAAAGUGCAAUGUUCGCAUUCGCAACUAGUGCAUUGCUGCUUGCUGCUGCUGGGUCCGCUCAGGCCUCGCUCGCGCCGAAGAAAUUCCUGCCCAUUCCGCUCGGUGGAAUUCGUGCGACGGGAUGGCUGCAAGACCAGUUGAUGGUCCAGACGAACGGUCUCGCGGGCCACGAGCACGAAUUCUACCACUACGUCUCGCAGACUGACUGGAUGGGUGGCAAUUCGUACUACUCGAGUCUCGAAGAGGCCGGUAGCUACUGGUUCAACGCGAUGGUCCCGAACGGUUUCCUGGCGAACCACGAUGUCAUCAACGCCAGAACGUCCGCCUUCCUGUCGUAUGUCCUCGACACGCAGGAUGCGUCCGGCUGGCUGGGUCCCGAAGUCAACACCAACAAACCGCGCUAUCUCUGGGGCCGCUACCCGUUCUUCUUCGGUGCCAUCCAGAUGACCGAGAUCCACCCGGAGCUCACCGCUCCGGUCGUCGACGCGCUGUACAAUUUCACGAGCCUGGCCAACACCAUGCUGCACAGCGGCAACAACACGGGCGUCGAGAUCUGGACCGCGACUCGCUGGGAGGAUUUCGUGAUGGUCCUGCAGUGGCUGUACGAUUAUCAUCCCAAGGACGCAGCCAGCCAGGCGCUCCUGAUCGAUACAAUGGCGCAGCUGAAGUACACCGGGGUACCCUGGGAGAAGGUGUUUCUGCCAGAGUGGCACGGUGUCAAUAUGGCAGAAGGACUGAAGGCACUACCCGCCACGUACCGAUUCACUAAGAAUCAAUCGGAUUUGGAUGUUGCCAGCAAGGGCUGGGAUCUUCUCUUCCAGUACCACGGCCGACCUUCCGGGAUCUUCAAUGCUGACGAGUAUCUGGCUGGUUUGGAGGCCAUCCGUGGGACCGAGCUCUGCGUUGUCGUCGAGACCAUGUUCUCCGGCUCCUACUUGUACCAGGUCAUCGGAGACCCCAAGUUCAUCGACCGGGUUGAGCGGAUCGCGUACAAUGCGCUUCCUGCGACACUUACGGGAGAUAUGUGGAACAGACAGUACCUACAGCAGCAGAACCAGAUCUUUGCCGGAAACAUGAGCCAGAACCCAUUUGCCGUGGACGGACCGUACUCGAACGUGUUUGGCCUCGAGCCCAACUACCCAUGCUGCACGGUCAACCACCCCCAAGGAUGGCCCAAGUUCAUCACAAAUUCGUUCGCGACGACGCCGGACAUGAAGUCGCUGGUCCACACCUACCUUGGCCCAUUCUCUACUUCGAUCACCCUCGCGCCGUCCAACCCAGUCACCGUCAACGUGGACACCAUGUACCCGUUCAGCGACACGCUGACCACGACCAUCACUGCAAAGUCGCCCUUCACAUACUACGUCCGCAUCCCCAGCUGGGUCGUCAAAGGCACCAUCGCCGUGGACGGCGGCAAGCCCGCCGCCGUUUCACCGAAGCAGGGUCUGCACGCCCUCAAAGUGAAAGCUGGCACCACCAAAUUCGUCUUGAAUCUGCCUGCUCCCAUCACCAUCGAGUCGCGCCCGCACGGUUCCGUUGCUGUCCACAGGGGGCCUCUCAACUAUGCCUUUGACAUCCCCCGGCGCACGACUAUUCUGGCGAACAACACGGCCCAGGCCAAGGCGCAGGACUUUGAAUUCGACGCCACUGCAGCCUGGCAGUACGCGAUCGAUCCGAGCAGCCUCAAGUUCGUGUCGAAGCCACCUGCCUCUGGGGUGCUGCCCUCCCCGAUCUUCGACUCGGGCUUGACCCCGCUCAGCAUCACCGCCACUGCGUGUCUCGUCGACUGGGCCAUCGAGGGCCCGACGUUCGCCGCCAGCCCCCCGACGAACCCGUCCUGCGUGGGAAACAAGACCACCAUCACGCUGACUCCAUACGGGUCAACCAAACUCAGGAUCAGCGAGUUCCCUGUGUUUGUCUAGUAAUGUACACCGCAUAGAUACAUGGAAUGGAUCAGCCAGUCAGGCUGCAAUUGCCUUCAUAAAUGAUCAGUCCCUCCGUGCCCUGUCGGUAAAGCUGCAGACACAUCAACACAGCGACAACACAAACUGCGAGCAUCACAACCCGCAGGGCUUCGGUGGGCGUCAUUCGGCAACCUUUCGCUCCCAGGCCGUGCGCCAUAUCCCUACCGCCAGACUGCACCGCUUGCACGGGUCUUGAAAAGGUGAACAGAUCGCCUCGGUAGAACAUACUGACGGUCUUGCCGAUAAGCUACUCCGCUUCGUCUUCUGUCGCGUUCGUUGCUUUGGGUUUGCUUUGCCUUUCGGGUUCGAUGAUUGUCGCGCUUUGACGUUCCCAGUGACAGCAGCAGCAUCAGCAGUUUGACUCAAUCGUUCGCCGUGGUUCCCUGUCACUUGCUGAAUCGCGCGUUCGUUUCUUGACUGGUGGUCGGGACGGCGAGACUUCGUUCUUGAUCUGGCCGUUGAGCCGCUUGCUAUUCAUAGCACUGGAAAUGGCAUCCCGAAACGCUUGAAGUUUCAGUGUCACUGGACGAACGGCUUGAGACGGAGCGGGUCGGUCGUUUUGCUGGCCAGUGGCCUGCGGCGCAGUUUACGGAGUAUCUCAGGGGCUGGGCGCGCUCAGCAGGCGUGCCAUCCGUUUGUCGAUUUGAUAUUACGCUCACCAGGGACGACGGCGAUCUCUCGCCCGGUGGGUAGACGUCGUUGGGUCCAGCGGCACUGGCGCGUGUACAGAGCAGAGAAGGAAGCACGAGAGAGAGAGAGAGAGUGUAUGUGUGUGUGGGAACGCUGAUCAACCCCGACAGAGCAAGCCUCUCUAAGGUACCGCGCACAAACGGC